CCGGGGGGGCUGUGAGCGCGGCCCCCGGUGCCGGUGCCGGUGCCGGCCGCCCCGCCGCGCCGCACGGAGCAUGCCUCUGAGCCCCGCCGGCAGCAAACAUGAGAGCCCGGAGUCGCCGCCACCAGAACCGCCGCCGCCACCGGAGCGACAGCCCCGCGCCUCCGCCGGGGAGCCGGGCUCCGUCCUGCGGGAGGACACGCGCCUGGACCCGACCCGCGGCCCCGCCGGGCCCCGCUCCCCGAAGCUGGCGGCCCCGGCGCGGAUGGAGGAGCCCGCGCCCGGCGCCAUCGUCGUCCGCAUCGGCAUCCCCGACCUCCAGCAGACGAAGUGUCUGCGGUUGAAUCCGGACGUUCCCGUGUGGGCCUCCAAGCAGCGCAUUCUGUGCACCCUCAACCACAGCCUGAAGGAUGUGCUCAACUACGGGCUCUUCCAGCCGGCCUUCAAUGGCAGAGCAGGGAAGUUCCUGGACGAGGAGCGCCUGCUGCGGGAGUACCCCCUGAAUCCCGACACUCCCGUCCCCUACCUGGAGUUCCGGUACAAGCGGCGUGUGUACACCCAGCCUUUACUGGAUGACAAGCAGUUUGCCAAGCUCCAUACCAAGGCAAACCUGAAGAAGUUCAUGGAAUACGUGCAGAUGCUGAACACGGAGAAAGUCUGCAGACUGCUGGAGAAAGGACUGGACCCCAACUUCCACGACCCAGAUACUGGAGAGUGUCCCCUGACGGCGGCGGCUCAGCUGGAGCUCAGCACCGAGAUGAUCAAAGCCCUCAGGAACGGGGGAGCACAUCUGGACUUCCGCACACGGGAGGGGAUGACGGCGCUCCACAAAGCUGUGCGCUGCCGCAACCACGCGGCGCUGCUGACAUUGCUGGACCUGGGGGCCUCCCCUGACUACAAGGACAGCCGGGGGCUGACACCGCUGUACCACAGUGCCAUGGUGGGAGGGGAUCCCUACUGCUGCGAGCUAUUGCUGCACGACUACGCCAGGCUGGGCUGUGUGGAUGAGAACGGCUGGCAGGAGAUCCACCAGGCAUGUCGCUAUGGCCACGUUCAGCACCUGGAGCAUCUUCUCUUCUACGGCGCUGACAUGACUGCGCAGAACGCCUCAGGAAACACCGCUCUUCACAUCUGUGCUCUCUAUAACCAGGAGAGCUGCGCUCGGGUUCUCCUCUUCCGUGGUGCGAGCAAAGAGAUCCGCAACUACAACAGCCAGACAGCGUUCCAGGUGGCCAUAAUUGCAGGAAAUUUUGAGUUGGCUGAAAUCAUCAAAACCCACAAAGAGUCCGAUGUUGUGCCUUUCAGAGAAACUCCCAGCUACACCAAGCGGAGACGGAUCCUCGGUGCCGGCGGCCUCUCCUCCCCUCGCAUGCUGCAGCGCUCGGCCAGCGACAACAACCUGAAGGCGGAGAGCCGGGCGUCCUACUCACCGGUGCCCUCCCUGCGCAGCCUCCCCCCCCAGCUGCUCCUGCAACGAGUGCAGGAGGAGAAGGAGCGGGCCAGGAGUGCAGGAAUGAGCAGCCACGUUCCCUGGCCCUGUGCAGGACACGCAGGAGGAGCUCGUUUUUCCCCCCGAGGCCCCGGCGGCGCCGCGGGUCCCCCCGGGCCCGGCCCCGGCCCCGAGCCCGCUCCGCACGCCGCGCCCGCCCCGCUGCGCGGCCCCAAGCGGAAGCUGUACAGCGCCGUGCCCGGCCGUAAGUUCAUCGUGGUGAAGAGCUACGCGCCGCAGGGAGACGGGGAGAUCCAGCUGAACCGGGGAGAAGCCGUCAAGGUGCUGAGCAUUGGCGAAGGUGGCUUUUGGGAAGGAACUGUGAAAGGAAGGACCGGCUGGUUCCCAGCAGAAUGUGUGGAGGAGGUGCAGAUGCGACAGUACGACCCGCGGCAAGAAACCAGAGAAGACAGAACAAAGCGUCUCUUCCGACAUUACACUGUGGGCUCCUACGACAAUUUCACCUCUCACAGCGACUACAUCAUCGAGGAGAAGACGGCGGUGCUGCAGAAGAGGGAGCAUGAGGGAUUCGGGUUUGUGUUGCGCGGGGCCAAAGCUGAAACCCCGAUCGAGGAGUUCACCCCGACGCCGGCCUUCCCCGCGCUGCAGUACCUGGAGUCCGUGGACGUGGAGGGCGUUGCGUGGCGGGCCGGGCUCCGCACGGGAGACUUCCUGAUCGAGGUGAACGGCGUCAACGUGGUGAAGGUGGGGCACAAGCAGGUGGUGUCACUGAUCCGCCAGGGGGGGAACCACCUGGUGAUGAAGGUCGUCUCCGUCAGCCGCAAGCCUGAGUCAGAAGAGGUCGUUCGGAAGAAGGCUCCGCCGCCGCCCAAGAGAGCGCCCAGCACCACGCUGACACUGCGGUCCAAAUCCAUGACGGCUGAGCUGGAGGAGCUGGCCUCCAUGCGGAGAAGAAAAGGGGAGAAACUGGACGAGAUCCUGGCGGCCGCCGAACCCGCACUGAGGGCCGACAUCGUGGAGGCGGAUUCGAGGGCGGCCACGGUGAAACAGCGCCCGACGAGCCGCCGCAUCACCCCGGCCGAGAUCAGUUCCCUCUUUGAGCGGCAGGGCAUGGCGGCCCACGCGGGGGUCCUGGCGGGAGCGGAGAAACCCCACGUGUCGCUGCGCAAAGGGAUCCCGAGGACCAAAUCUGUAGGUGAAGACGAGAAACUGGCUGCUUCUUUGCUGGAUGGGAAGUUUCCACGGAGCACGUCGAUGCAAGACACCGUUAGGGAGGGGCACGGCAUCCCCCCGCCCCCCCAGACGGCCCCGCCCCCACCUCCUUCUCCAUACUAUUUCGACACGGGCCCCCCUCCAUCCUUCUCUCCGCCCCCGCCCCCAGGGAGAGCGUACGACACCAUCAGGUCCAGCUUUAAGCCCAGCCUGGAGGCGAAGCUCCACGGGCUGCCGCAGGUCAUCAGCGCGGCCGAGAUGUACGACCAGGCCAGGACGUCCAUCCCCUACCCCGAGAGGCAGAAGAGGGCCCGGUCCAUGAUAAUCCUGCAGGAUUCCUCCCACCUCCCCGUGGAGCCGACAGAGAUCCCCCGACCCGGCCCAUCCGCGACCCCUCCGGAGAAGCUGAAGAGGAAGGGGAGGGUGAUCGACAACCCCUACGCCAACAUGGGGCAGUUCAACGUCAGCCUGUUCGCUCCCACCAAGCCGCAGAGGAAGAAGAGCCCCCUGGUCAAGCAGCUGCAGGUGGAGGACGCGCAGGAGAGGGCGGCGCUCUCCAUCACGGGGGGCUUCCCCAGGGAGCCCUCUCCCACCCGCCGGAGCCAUCGGCUGAGCGGCGUGGACUACCAGCACCACGCCGGCAUCGCGCAGGUGGAGGCCACGAGCAUCCCCUUCGCCACCGCCAUCGCCGGGGUCAUGAAGGACAGAGACCGACGGCUGGACGAGAGGCGCAAAUCCACUGUCUUCCUCUCGGUCGGGGCCAUCGAGGGCACCCCCCCCAGCAGCGACAUGCCAUCCCUGCAGCAGUCCAGGUCUAUCGAUGAGCGGCUGUUAGGAAGCCGAGAUGUACUACUGCCUUCCCCCGUCUCAGCUUUAAAGCCAUUAAUCAGCAGCUCGUCCUCUACGUUCAUCCACCCCCUGACGGGGAAGCCCCUGGAUCCCAACUCGCCACUGGCGCUUGCGCUGGCCGCAAGGGAGAGGGCCCUCUCCACCCAAGUCCCGUCCCGGUCGCCCACCCCGAUCCACAGCCCGGACUCGGACAGAGCGGCCCCCCUGUUUGUGGACAUCCAAACCAAAGAACCGGAGAGGGUGGAGCUGGAGAGCCUGGUGUCCCCCGCAUACUCGCCCGCGGGGAAAGGGGCCGCAGCGGCGGUGGACGUGGCGGCGCUGACCCCCGCCAAGAGCCCGUGGGGGACUCCAUCCACGCUGAGGAAGGAGGCCGAGGCGAGGGUGGAAGCGCCCGGCAAGGAGGAGAAGAAGCCGGAAGACAAGAAGUCCAUGAUCAUCAGCAUCGUGGACACGUCGCAGCAGAAGACCGCCGGCCUGAUCAUGGUCCACGCCACAAGUAACGGCCAAGACGAGCUCGGACUCGAGCUGAAGGAGGACAAGCCGCCCGUGCCCGAGGCGCGUGUGGAGCCGGCAGAGCCGCCCCCAGCGGAACCACAGCCCAGCCCCGCCGGGAAGGCACCGGGCAGCCCCGCCACCACCGGCAGCGAGAAGACGCUGGGUCAGGGCAGCUCGGAGGAGGAGGUGGAGCCCUACACCGUGACGCUGCCGCCGGCGCAGCUGUCCUCGAGCGACGAAGAGACCCGCGAGGAGCUGGCCAAGAUCGGGCUGGUGCCUCCGCCCGACGAGUUCGCCAACGGGGUCCUGGUCACCACCCCCGGGACCCCCGUCAGCCACCUGGCGACGCCCGGCGCGACGCCCGCACCAGCGGCAGCCGCUCCCCCCGCGGGCGGAACACCCUCAGGGAAGCCCCCCGACGCCCCCGCGGCCCCGGAGUCGGCGGCCGACUCGGGCGUGGAAGAGGUGGACACCAGGAGCUCGAGCGACCACCACCUGGAGACCACGAGCACCAUCUCCACGGUCUCCAGCAUGUCCACGCUGUCCUCGGAGAGCGGGGAGCCCACCGACACCUACACUUCCUUUGCGGAUGGACAAACUUUUAUACUCGAGAAGCCACCAGUGCCUCCAAAGCCAAAACUCAAGUCCCAGCUCAGCAAGGGGCCAGUUACUUUCAGGGACCCACUUUUGAAGCAGUCUUCGGACAGCGAGCUCAUCUCCCAGCAACAUGCGGCCACGCUGGCGUCAGCCAGCAUCGGCCGGCCACGCUACCUCUUUCAGAGAAGGUCCAAGCUAUGGGGGGACCCCAUGGAGAGCCGCCCGAUCCACGGCGCCGACGACGACAAGCCGACCGUCAUCAGCGAGCUGAGCUCCCGGCUGCAGCAGCUCAACAAGGACACGCGGUCGCUGGGGGAGGAGCCGGCCGGCUCCGCGCUGGAUCCCGGCAAGAAAUCUCCGGUGGUCGCGGCACGACUUUUCAGUAGUUUAGGAGAACUCAGCACCAUUUCCCAGCGGAGCUCCGGGACCACCUACACGGUUCGACCUGGCAGUCGCUAUCCCGUAACCCGACGUACCCCCAGCCCCGUGAAGCCGGCUCUGGAUCGGACAGAGCCGCUCAGCACCGUGCGGCCCUACGGCCUGACCCCUCCCACCAUCCUCAAAUCUUCCAGCCUCUCCAUCCCACACGAGCCCAAGGAGGUGCGCUUUGUGGUCAGGAGCGUGAGCGCCCGGAGCCGCUCCCCAUCCCCGUCCCCCUCGCCAGGGCCACCCCUGCACACCCUGCACCCGCCGAGGCCCUUCAUGCAGAAACCCCUCCACCUGUGGAACAAGUACGACGUUGGGGACUGGCUGGAAAGCAUCAACUUGGUGGAGCACCGAGACAAGUUUGAGGACCAUGAGAUCGAGGGCACGCAUCUGCCCGCCCUCACCAAGGAGGACUUUGUAGAGUUGGGGGUGACACGGGUCGGCCACCGGAUGAACAUUGAGCGGGCGCUCAAGCAGCUGGUGGACAGCUGACCGUGUCAGGCAGCGCCGGCCUCUUCCAGAGCCACUGACAGGGGUGGGGGGACGUUUCUACCAGACUAAUAAAACCCAUUUUGAUUCUC